AUGGCGUCGUCGUCGUCGGCCUACACCUUCCCGCCGGAGCGGGUCGUCAACGACGCCUCUCCCCUCCCCUCGCUCCACAUCAGCCCACCGGGAUCCAGCUACCCAGCAGCCACCACCACCACGGCAUCGACGUCGUCGUCUCUGCCCGGCCUCGCGGGCGCAGCGGCGCCACCACCCACCACCGCCACCCGGCGGCCGCCGCACGGCCGCACCCGCUCCGGCUCGCUCGUCUCGGUGCAGCGCGUCGAAGAGACGCACGAGGAGAUGCUCGACCAGAGCGCCGGCUUCAACGCAAACGCCGACUGGGUCAACUACAAGGGCGCCUGGGUCAUCCACGUCGUCCUCAUCCUCGUCGCAAAGAUCCUCAUCGACGUCAUCCCCGCCAUGCAGCAGGACACCAGCUGGACCCUCGUCAACCUGGGCUACAUGGCACUCUCCUACCUCAUGUUCCACUACGUCACCGGAACCCCCUUUGAGAGCAACGCCGGCGCCUACGACCAGCUCACCCUCUGGGAGCAGAUCGACGAGGGCGCGCAGUACACGCCCGCCAAAAAGUGGCUCACCUCGGUCCCCAUUGGCCUCUUUCUCGUAUCCACCCACUACACCCGCUACAACCCCUGGCUGUUUGGCCUCAACUUUUCCGCACUCCUCUUCGUCCUCUUCCCCAAGCUCCCCAUCCUCCACCGCCUCCGCUUCAAGUUCUUUGAACCCGCACCCACGCCCAGCCCCUACCCGAGCCAACCCCCAACUCCUACCCACUCAAAGGCGCCCAACCUCGGCGAGCUCCGUCUCUAG